AUGGAGAUAAAUCACCAGUUAGUCACUGCUUUGGUUGAGAGGUGGAGAGUCGAGACUCAUACUUUCCACUUGCCUCUUGGUGAAAGUACGAUUACAUUGGAAGACGUUGCAUUACAAUUGGGGCUUCCUAUUGAAGGACAUGUGGUGACUGGCAUCAGUAGUGGUCCACUAACAGUUUUUUGUCAUCAACUACUAGGAGAUGUUCCUCCUGAGAAUUGUGUAAGGGGCAACAGAAUCAAGUUGUCAUGGUUGAAUAACACUUUUCGCCAAUUGCCUCAUGAUGCAACCGAACAGGUUAUUGAACAAUACGCUAGAGCGUAUAUGUUGAUCAUAAUUGGCAGUGUCAUGAUGCCAGAUACAUCUGCAAGCAUGGUGCAUUUGAUGUAUCUUCCCCUAUUGGCGGACCUGCAGAACGUUUCACAGUAUAACUGGGGAUCUGCCACGCUUUCCUGCUUGUAUCGUGCCCUUGAUCAUGGGACUAGGGCUGACCAAGAGAAUAUCGGAGGGUGCAUGAUCUUGUUACAAUGUUGGGCAUGA